AUGGAGGAUACCUUUGGCAAAAAAGCUCUUGAAACCCAUAACAAGUUCCGUGCUGCCCACCAAGCGCCCGCUCUCACGUGGUCCAGCGCCCUUGCUUGUGACGCCGAAGUCUGGGCCAAACAAAUAGCGCGAGACGGUCGCCUUCGCCACGACAACACAAGUGACGGAGAAAAUGUGUUCAUGGUUUUUGGACGAGAAAUUGACGGAAGUGAUGCCGCGAACAGUUGGUACAGUGAAGUAAAGGAUUAUGACUUCAAUAAGCCUGGUUACCAGCCAAAAACAGGCCACUUUACUCAAGUUGUCUGGAAAGGUAGUGAGGAACUGGGAAUAGGUAAGGCCAAGAAAGCUGAUGAGAAGAUGUUCGUGGUGGGUCGUUAUCGACCAGCAGGGAAUAGCCUGCGAGCCUUUCAAGAAAAUGUUUUCCCAUCAAAGGUGCGUACUGAGGCGGACAUAACAUUUUUGGCUUUUCCUGCUUGUGGUUUAAAACUACUCUGUUAUAAUACUAGCAUCUUUCGACUUUAUCAUUCAACUGUUACUAGUGUCAUCGUUUCAAGUGGUUUAAUUAACCACUUCGAAAAAGGUUGAAAUACAGAAACGUCGUAUGAUUAUUACUGAACCACUUGAACUAUACGUGCGCUUGGUGUCUGUACAAUACUUCUUUAAUCGUCUUAGGAACAAAGCAAAUUCAAUUAACGUCUUAAAGACAACAUGAUUUUAUUUGAUUUUAUUUUUACAGUAAUGAGUUGAAUCGUCCCAAGAAGGAUUCACUGAAGAAGGAGUGAAUAAGUUGACUCAUUUACUUUCUAACGCCUGUCCGAAAAAUGCACGUUUUCUUCAUUCUUUUGUUCUUUUCUUUAUUUGCGCAACUGUUUUGGCGCUCUAUUGUCUAUAAAAAAUUAAAUGAUACUAUUUUUGUCAUAAAAAUGUAGCCAGCAAGAGAUACUUGAAACAAAUAAAAGUGGUAUUAUCGCGAAGUGCUAACAGUAGAAGUGAAACUGGUUGAGUUGAGUAUAUAAGAAAAGUGGAAGUAAACUCUGUGACGGUCCAGGACAACAAGUUUUUUGCAAAUAUUUGGAACUUUCGAUCCAUCUUUGUGCAUGACAAAUAACAUGAAGGAAGAAAAUUGGCGAAUUGAAAAUCGCGAUUACUAGCCGCUGUUGAUGACUGGACUAAAGUAAAGCAAUGUUGAUGGAAAGUUUAGCCCGCAAUCACCACAGAAAUUCAAGCUGAACCAAGUAAAAUCGUUGCCACGUCGCUCGCAGGCUACUUGCACCGCUUGCUGUUGGUUGCUCGCGGAAGAUUCUGACAAAACUCGUGCAGCUACACAGCCGUUACAUCUUUCACUCUCCCGUAAACUGCGUUAGCGGAUCGUUACUAAAACGGGGAAGAGGCCGGGAGCGGGGAACCAGUACGUACGUACGGGGAACGGGAAAAUGAAAAAAUGGAACACAACUGAGAAUUGGAAAUAAGGUUACUGGUAGAGCAACAAGUUACAGGGCCACCCAGCAAUGGUUUCCUCCUAAAUACAUUGAAAACACUUUAUAGGCUAUCCAGAGUACUUUCAGAUAUCUAGAAAUACAUUCUAAGCGGAGCUAGAAACUGAUAUGUAUCUGUUCGGUCAUCCCAGGGGAACUUGAGUUUUUUCGAAACUACAAGGGCUUGAGUAUUAUUUUUUCAAAAAUUUUCGAUGAAGUUUGACGUAUUACGAAAGUGAGACGUUUUCUGAUUCCUCUCGCCAUCUUAUUUUUUGAAUCCGAAAACUUUAGGUUCCCUUUAUUCUACAAAAAAUAGCCUAACUUAAGAAGUAAAAUGUGAAAAUUAAACUUCAGGAAACUGUAGGGGAUAUAUUUAUAAAGAUAGGAAAUUCUAGGCAAUAUUUGCGUCUCCGAACAGAUAUUUUACAGGGAAAACAGUCGUUGAGCGUCCCUGAAGUUAUUACGUUUUGUUCCCAUUUUUCACUUUCCUGUUUGGUAACAUCCACGUUACCUGACGAUUGGGUUACACAAAAAAAAUUAACUCACCUCGAGCAAAUAAUCAUUAAAAAUGCGACCUAACUGUUUCGCGAAGAGAUGUCAACAAUAUACUAACACUGUAUGCCUAAAAGGGUUCCGCGCAGCUAAAUCUGUUUCCCGCAAAAACAUAACUGGAUAAAAACAUCCUUACUGUAAAAUAAAGGUGUUAUGGCCCCAUGGGAUGUGCAUCAGACGUGUGUUAUGCGAUAAGGGAACGACCACGCGCAUUCGCAUAAAAGAAUAAAUUAUCAGUACAACUGAUAUGCAAAUAAAAGAAAUCGAACGCGUUAAACAAAAUUAUUAACACAAUCACCAGACGACUGGCUUGCACAUUCUUUUGUUUCAGCUUAAGCCUUAAUCUUCAGUUAUUGCAUAUUCGCACGAUUCUGCCUCUCGCGCAUUGCUUUUAUUUAACUAUAAAGUCAAAACUGUAACUGCGACAAGGUAUUUAGAAGACGAGAAGGUAAGUAAUUUAAAUCAUAACAGUCGAGCUCCAAGUGAACUCUUGAACUGCGAGCGACAGACACAUUUAUAACACACUACUUUUCAGGCCAUUCGUUCGCCAAACAAUUUAGCUUUGGUUCUUUAGUGAAAAUUGCAGAGUGACUUAAGACUUUGCUAUUGGGAAUGAUAGGAAGAGAAGGAAUAGAUUUAUCAAUAUAUCUGUUUUUGGGACAUACAUAUUAAUUUCUAACAAAACAUACCUUCGAAGUCUCGCAAAUGCUGUACUCCAUAUUCAAAUAUUCCAGGAACAAAACCAAAUUCAGGUUACAUAAUACUUUAAAGCUGUUGGUCUGGUACUCUAGUGUGGUUCGUGUACCACUGGGUUUAAUUUUUCCUCGAUCAAGCUGUCAGUCGACAACAGAGCUCGUCACCUUUGCACAUUAAAAUGUAGGUCUGCAAUGCGUAUAUGUUGGUAGUGAUCAAAAAGUCUGCAAAUAUACACCCCCCUCGGAACGUUUUCAAGAGAUCGAGAAUACCUAUGCAACUGAUUAAAAUAAAAUUUUAGCUGAGGCAAGUUGCAAAUCGAACUUGCUUUUUUAACUGAUAACGAGAUAAAGGCCCUCGCUUUUUCUUGCCUCCUGCUUGUUCGAAGAGCUCCAAGUAGCGAUUUGUUUACAAAUAAUUGUGGUUUUGUUCGUUGUAUAAAACCUUACAUUAGGAGAAAGAGAAAUGGAUGUAUUUUCAAAGACUGCUCUUGAGGCUCACAACAAACGACGUUCGGCGCACAACGUGGCGGCGCUAAGUUGGUCAAAUGAUCUUGCAAGGAGUGCUCAAGUGUGGGCAAAUAAACUAGCCAAGGAGGGAAAACUCAAACACGAGCAGCUGGAAGGUGUUGGCGAGAAUGUGUUUAUGUCAUCUCAGGGUUUUGAUACGGCAGCAGAAGAGGCCACAAAAUCUUGGUAUUCAGAGGUACAGUGAAGUCAAUCGAUGCUUUGGCAGUGGCGGAUCCAGGGGAGCUCCCCCCCCUUUAUUUUUAGACCAAACUGAGGUCCGGAGGGCCGAAACAAUUUUUUGGGAGACUGCCCCUAGGGUCUGGAUGACCGCCCCCCCCCCGCCCCCCACCUUAACCCCCUCAUCUGAAGGUCUGAAUCCUCCACUGCUUUGCUGCUGUUGCCGACUUUAAUCUUAAGCAACAGCGUUUUUGAGCGACGGACGUCAACCGGAAGUGGACUUUUUGCAUCAUUGGGGAGCGGUUUGGUUGAAACUCUUGGGUAAAUCGUCUUUAAAAGAGAAAAGAAACUCAGCAAUACAAAUUUGUUAGCGUCAAGGAAUAUAAAAAGGGAGAAGGCCUCGCUUCCGGUUGACGUGCGUCGCUCAAAAACGUCUUUGCUUAAGGUCCCUAAUAUGAUGCGAGUAACAACUGCGAAAACCAAGAAGACUUCUAAACGAAAUAUAUGAUAUAAAACUUCUCUGAAACGUGACCAAACAAAUGUUAAAAUAAAUAAAUUUACACGGCAGGAAAGCGUUCCCACACACCGCUAAAAUAAAAUACAGUCAUUUGCAUUAAAUUGGAAUAAUCCGAAAUACUUUUUGUCAAUAUCAAAAUCGUGGUCAUUGCCACCAUCAUAAUUAUUCUCCAUCGCAGUUGUCCCUUUGGUAAACGGUCGCUGCCAUUUUUAAGACGCUUAGAGAAUUUUUGACCGGUUAUUGAGAGUGUACCUUUUAAAACGAACGAAAAUCGCAACCCAGGGUCGAACCUGGACCUCGAACCUCGGCGGAGCGUUCGUAUCCUAAUCUCUCUCCUUUACCACACCGAUCCUCCAAAAUUCUGAAAAAUCUAAGUACAUAAACUAGCAAACUGUUUGUAUUAAGUGAUUCACCAAUAACAGGUUACCCAGCACUUUUCAUAACUUUUGACGUAAAUUCAACUUACGCUUCAACGUCGUUCUUUCUAAGACUACUCAAAAACGUAUUAUUUGCCUUAUUGUAACUUAAUCCAGGGAAUAUAUUGCAUCUAUCAUGACUAAAGGCUCGGUAAGCAUAGGUGGCAUCGACUGUUUACGAAAGGGAAAUAGGCUCGCCAUUAUAGUACCACUAAUUUCAGGGGCACCCAACGAGGAUAUAGUUCAAAACCACUCAAAGUAGCAUUGCUAAACGUAUUUUAGUAUUUAAACGGUAGACAUAGGCAUAUUUUUGUCGCCUAAAAAUUUUUCAUCUGUUCGGAUUUCCUAGCUGGAAGUCUAGGAAUCCGAAAAUUAUAGGGAUCAAAACUUACCUUUUCGAAAAUUUCAGCCAGAUAAAAGGCUCCCGAAAAUUCUAGGUAACCUUUUUAGGGUAAAAAUCCGUUAAAAAUGGGCAAUUAUACCAUGUUCGAAAAUCCUAGGAGAGGCAGACAAGCAAGAAAUUUUAUAAAAAUGUUCUCAAAUCAUCUUCCGAACAAAUAUUUUCCGAAAAUUGACGUUGGGUGCCACUGUCAUUUCUGGUUUUUCUGCACAUGUGUUCUCACACUGAUAUCCUCUAGCUGUUUGGCGGAUACCAUAAUAUGUUCCUGCUUUCGUACGAUAGAUACAACGGUAUGAUUUCAAGACAGGAGGCUAUCAGUCAGGAACUGGUCACUUUACUCAGUUGGUGUGGAAGGACUCUGAGGAGCUGGGGAUGGCAAGAGCCAAAAGUGCCGAUGGAAGCGUAUUUGUUGUGGCCAGAUACCGUCCAGCGGGAAAUAACUUGAGCUCCUUUGAUGGAAAUGUCCUUCCAAAGGUGGGGGGUUAGUCGACAUGAAUUAGGUCCCGUUUAUAUGGAGAAAACUUGACCAGGGUUGAACAGUCACUCGCCUAGUAACCGAGCUAUUGUAGCUACCUUGGGCGAGCCACUGAAUAUCCUUUUUACAAGAGAAACAAAAGGAUGGCUCUGCUAGUGAGUGACCAGGAUAAUUUCUUCACAUAAACACUUUGGCUCACCCAGCCGGGUCAACUCGGUCAAGACGAGACAAUCAGAGAAUGCGCGAGUGCUGUUGUCAAAGACAUACAGUCGGUUGUUUAAACGAAUUGGCUUGGUUUAAGAAAUCUUUGGACCUCCCGAUCUCUUCCGUGGUGGGCUAUUUCAAGAAGAUAAAUGCUAUUCUAGUCUACGCAUUAUUCAUAAAACUGUUCACGGUGGAUGAUUCUUAGAUAAAAGCACCGGGCAAACUUAAAAUAGUUUAGAACGCGGUUUUGUUAAACACUGUCUGCCUAAACUCCAUUUAAAUAACCGGCCCAUGUCUUGUGUGAACUUGUGGCUACCCUCCUGUUCUGUCAGCUGACUUACAGCUGUGUAAUUUAUUGCUGUACAAGUAUCUUUACUUUCUUUUAUUUUCCUCCUUUUUUUGUUAAACCAAACCAGAUCUUCUCCGACGAAGAGAAACCACAAGGUUAGUUAGCUUUGAUUUAAAUGAUCAGGUUUAAAUAACAUCCUAUUGAAAUGAAAAGUGGAAUUUAAAGAGAAUUUUGAAUGAUAUUGACUGUGGUGGUAAUGAUAAAAUUUACGUUAUUUCCCCGACUUUUUUUCUCCUUUUGAUUAAGAAAAAGCAAAUAUUCCUAAGGAAACCUUGUCCAGUGUGAAGGAAGACCAAUCAAAGGAUAUAAAAUCCAUUCCUAUUUCUUCUCUAGAUGGUAAGUAUGAUAAUCAUGAUUAUUCUAAUAAUAUGCGUUAUAAAUCGAUCCAACUUUUGAGUAGUCUGCUACACAGCCGUUUUAAGUAGCAGACUAACUUUUAAAUGCACUGGAGUCCUUAGUCACUGAUUUUACUGGAAGGAGACAGUUAGGAACUUUGAAGUUUAAGCUCCUUUGAAGUAUAUAUUAUUUUUUGACGACAGGAUAUUCCCAACUGGUCACCCAACCAGUUUCUAACCCCAACCGGCACGGCUCAACUUGACUGCAAAACCGCGUAAUUAACGAGGGUUUGCGCGUCGUAUUGUUACUUUCUCACUUCUUCAUCUCGCUUGUUCCCCUGGGAAUUUCUCAAACUUGCAUUUUUCUCCUCGAGCGCUUAAUUGCUCAUUGGUAUGAUCUUGUCUUCAAAUACAGUUUUAUUUAGGAACUCGAGGUAUAAUUUUUACACCAGCAUAUUCCUGUAUUUCAGAUGCUUUCAUUGAGAAGGUGUUACAAGUGCACAACGAAUUACGUUCCCUUCACAACGUGCCUCUUUUAAAAUGGUCCUCUUUACUAUCAAGAGAGGCGAAAGUUUGGGCUGAAAAGUUGUCGAAGAGUGGUGAACUGUGUCACGCAAGUAAAGAAGAAAGAAAAUAUAAGGGUGAAAACAUCUGUCGCAUGUCUAGCCACUACGAUGCUGCUGAUGCUGUAAGAGUAUGGUAUUCAGAGAUUAAGAACUAUAAUUAUGACUUACCAGGGUUUAGCCUUGAUACAGGUCAUUUUAGCCAGAUUGUGUGGAGAGACACCCGUGAAGUUGGGGUGGGAACGAGUAAGAGUCCAGAUGGGAGACUGACGUACAUGGUAGCUAGAUACAAUCCUCCGGGAAAUGUGCUAAAAAAGUUUCAAGAAAAUGUUACUCCUCUAGCUAGCUGA